CCCAAUCACAUCUCACGUGCUUCUGAGACCCCACCCACAGCGCCCAGCCAUGGAGCUGCAGUAGUGGACAGUCGCACUUCAUCCAUGUUUUCUGAGUGUAGGAUCGUGUCUGGAAGCCUCCUCAGACUGAGCUGCCGUCUGUCUCCACUGAACCUCAGCUGUAGCGCUACCUUCAAAAGACCUUCCUGUCCUUGUUCCUCUUUGCAUCAUUCUGCUUCUAAUACAUUUGGCAACCGCCCUGUUCUUUUUCUUUCUCACCUCUCCUCCCUCCUUUCCUCUCCUCAUCGCUCUCAGAAGGCAUCUCGCUGGCUUUCUCAGGCUGCUGUUUCCAUGGAGUUAAAGGCAGUUCUGGAAGUUCUCGAGCAGCUCGCGCCACUCUCGUUGGCCGAAUCAUGGGAUAAUGUCGGUCUGUUGGUGGAACCCAGCAAACCACAUCCAGUCAAAGCAAUCCUGCUCACUAACGACCUCACAUCCGCUGUUAUGGACGAGGCCGAAGCGAUGCAGUGUGACCUCAUCAUUUCAUACCACCCACCUCUGUUUCGGCCGUUCAAGCGGCUGGUUCAGAAGGACUGGAAGCAGCGACUGGCUGUCCGAGCCAUAGAAGGUGGGAUAGCGGUUUUCUCCCCACAUACAUCAUGGGACAGUGCCAACGGUGGCCUGAACGAUUGGCUGAUUGGAGGAUUAGGUGGUGGGCGGGUGUCGGUGUUAAGCCAAGCUCUCUGUAGCGCCCCCCAAAAGAAUAGAUUGGAGUUCACUGCCAGGGGUCAAGAGGAGCUCAACAAUAUCUUGAAGCUACUAAAGGAAACAGAAAACAGUGAAGCAUUUCAGUACACUGUGCUUAGAAAUGAGGAAGGGGGACAGCAAGUGAUCCUGACCUGUCCUAGCUCAGCACUGACCCCUGUUGUUCAGACCGUGUUAGGGAACACCACAGCCAGCCAGUCCCUCAGCAUCACGCAGGUUCAACAGCCCCCCAUGCUGGGCUGUGGUCAAGGGCGACAUAUUGUUCUGGACGAGCCUGUGUCCGUGGCUGUGGCAGUCCAGAGAAUGAAGACGCACCUUGGCCUGCCUCACCUUAGACUGGCCCUGGGAGAGCAGAGAUCUUUAGACGCUGUUGUGAAGACUGCGGCCGUCUGUGCUGGUUCAGGAGCUUCCGUCCUGCAGGGAGUGAAAGCGGAUCUCUACGUUACAGGUGAGAUGUCCCAUCAUGAGGUCCUGGACGCAGUUGCCAAGGGAACGAGUGUGGUCCUGAGUGACCAUAGCAACAGCGAGAGGGGGUUUCUGAGUGUGUUUAAGGAGCGGCUGGCUUCCCGUCUACCGGACUCUGUUACCAUAGCGAUCUCAAAAAGAGACAGAGACCCCCUGGAGGUGGUGUGACCUCACUGACCCUCAGGGCACAUUAUCCCGACCUUUCUCAGUGAGGGUCCUCUGUUGUUAUUGUCUGUUUAAAAAUUUUGGAUCAUUUAAUAUACUAUAAUAACAAGAUAUACAUAUUUAAAAGGAGUCAAAAAUGGAUUUGUAUUUCAAACAUUUUGGGAGCAAUAAGUUAGUAAGGGAUAAAAAAUAUUAAUACACUGUGUUGUGAGAUUUGAUCGGCAUCAUGUACAAGCACACUAGUUUUAUAUUAUAAAAAAGUGAUUCCAAACUUUUAAACAGUACAAUGAUCCAACAUAUGCCACCUUUACGCACAGAAACUCAUUCAAAACUAAUAAAAUUGCUAUGCAGUUGACUUGUUGUCAAUUAUGAAA